AUACUUUAUUAAAUUUUUCUAGAAAUUUUUAUAAUCUUCUUUGUUUCUUUAAUUGAUUGCACACUUUUUGCCCGUUUAAAAUGGAAUCACAGCUGCAGCUUGAUCUUGCGGAAGUGUCACGACUGGAAAGCACAGUUCGAAGAGAACGACUGAAGAAACUUCUUUCUGCGGAAAAAACAAAGAUCGAAAAUGAAAUUAAGCAACUUUCAGCUGUGUCUGCAUCAGCUUCUGAAACCAAAUCACCACCAAAACCUAAAAUACCAACAUCAACAAUUACUUCAUAUGCUUGGGACCAGACAGAAAAAUUUGUCAAGAUCUAUGUAUCCGAUUUAAAAGGAGUACAAAGCUUAGACACAAGCAAUGUUUCACUGAAUGAUGUAGGUCUUCAUUACUGCCUACUGAUUCGCAAUCUCAAUGGGAAGAAUUACCAGUUUAACGUACCUAAGUUAGCUCAUGAAGUGGAAAUCCCAACUUACAAGUUAAAAACAGACAUGGUUCUCAUUAUGUUCAAGAAGAAACAGCAAGAGAAAUGGGAGGUUUUGAGUGAAAAAGACAAAGUAGCAAAAGCAAAUAAGGAAAACAAUUUUAAACCAGACAUUGGUAAAGAAGCAGAUCCGUCUGCUGGCAUCAUGGGUAUGAUGAAAAAGAUGUAUGACGAAGGAGAUGACGAAAUGAAGCGGACCAUCGCAAAGGCAUGGACCGAAUCUCGUGAUAAGCAAACGAUGUGAUCAGCAGUGCUUCCAGUUUUAAAACCGUCCGCCAUCGUGGCGUUCUGUCUUGUUUAGAAAAAACGAAUUAUCGGGAACACUAAAUAACUUCAGUCAUAUCUUGAUAAAAAUCUGAUUAAUUAAUUAAUAAAUGUGUAAAGCAGUAAUGUUUAAAAUCACCAUAGACUGUCAUUUUUCUCGUAUUUACUGCAAUUGGUUGUGCUAAGACGUGUGCUUGUUCAUAAAAGCCAGCAUUGACAAAAAGUUAAGAGCCAUUUUGAUUUAACUUUAUAAAUUAGGCAAGUCACACAUAACGUCAGUGCUUUUUUAAUGGCUAUUGGCGGGCUAUGAUCACGUAAAAAAGGAAUUUUUGGAACUGCCAGGAAUAUUUUUAACAGAUUAAUUGUUCUUUUUAGCUUACAUUCCGUAUUUAAAUAUGGUCAACCUGCACGACAUUUAAAAUUAUACAAAAGAUGUAACACGUU